CCCAUGUCGUCCAUAGCCUCGACCCAAGAAACCGACUGCAGUGAUGUCCUCUGCGUCGGGUUCGGCCCGGCGGGACUAUCCAUCGCCACAGCCAUGGCAGAUGAGGGGCUCAUCAGCACGGCAGACCUCAACACCACUUCUUCAGCUGACCGCAUGAAGGUCGAGUUCCUUGAAAAGCAAGCAUCGUUCUGCUGGCACGGAGGCAUGCUCCUCGACGGCUCCAAGAUGCAGAUAUCAUUCCUCAAAGAUCUCGUUACGCUGCGCAACCCUUCCAGCCGCUUCUCGUUCGUCAAAUACCUCCACGAGAACGACCGCCUCGUCCCGUUCAUGAAUCUUGGAUCGUGGACCCCGUAUCGCGAAGAGUUCAACGACUACCUGUCAUGGGUCGCCGCCAAGUUCGAUAACAGCUGCACCUACGGCGAACGGGUUCUUUCAAUCGAACCGGUCGUGUGCGACAAGUCCGGGGUCGUCUCGCGUGUUCGCGUCGAGUCGGAAAACACCAGCACCGGUUUGCGAUCGGUUCGUGAGACAAAGUCGCUGGUUAUGGCCGUCGGCGGGCAACCGAAGUAUCCCGAAUUCGCACGCAUGUACUUUGCAGCAGCCAGUAACAACACCUCGUCGCGUGACUGUCCGGCGGUAGCGCACUCGUCGCAAUAUAUCCACCGUGUGCAGAGUAUGCUUCCUGACCGAGAUGCGCCGUACACCAUUGCUGUCAUCGGUCAAGGGCAGUCUGGGGCAGAGCUUUUUAUGGAUCUGAGCGACCGUUACCCUAACGCAACAAUCAAGCUGAUCUUCCGCGACACGGCACUGCGUCCCUCUGAUGCAUCGCCUUUUGUCAACGAGGUCUUCAAUCCUGAAUACCGAGACGAGUUCUACCAAAUGAGCGCUCAGGAUCGCCAGACGCAUCGCACUCGCAACGGUGCCACGAAUUACUCGGUAGUGAACUCCAACCUCAUCGAUUCAAUUUACGGAAUGCUAUACCAGCAAGGCUUGCCGACCCACGCGGGCAAGCGCAAGUGCACGCUUCUUCCUGGUCGCAAUGUGGUCGCCAUGGAACAAGCACCAAAUGGAGGCGUGAUACUCCAUUUGAUUCGCGGACGUGGUGCUGCGUCCAUCUACGAGAGCCUUACGCUGAAUGCCGUGUUCUUGGCCACAGGUUACGAGCGGUCGGCUCAUGAGACUAUGCUGGCGCCUCUCAUGGCGUACUUGCGGAGAGAUCCGGCCACGUCCCACUUAUUGGUGGGACGCGAUUACAAGGCGCAAGUGAUUGACCCAUCUCGGUUCCAGCCCGCGAUCUACCUUCAAGGAUGCUGCGAGCACACACACGGCCUGUCGGACACACUGCUUUCGGUCCUAGGCGUUCGUGGCGGUGAAGUAGUGGAAUCGAUCAAA